AUGUAUUGCGUAGAUAUUUUCCACAAUAUUAUCUCUCUUCUUUUUGGUAGGUGUCAUAUAUGUACUUUUCAAAUUCCUUACACCUUUCUUUCUUUCUUUCUUUCUUCUGUCUUUCUUUCUUCUUUCUUCUUUCUUCCUUCCUUUCUUUCUUUCUUUAUUUAUUUUUUCUUUAUUGCUUUCUGCUUUCUAACUUUUUAUAUACUUUGUGCUAUGUCCGUCGUUCAAAACACUCUUUUUUUCUUUGUUUUUCUAGUUUUUGGUUUCUCUGUUGCUUUCUUUCUUUCUUCCAUUCCUUCCGACAAUCCCUGUAUUUGGAAAUCUUGUUCAUUGUUCGUUCGUUCCUUCCUUCUUUCGUUUCUUUCUUUCUUUCUUUCUUUCUUUCUUUCUAUUUUGUGCUUCCCAUGCCUGUAUUUCAAAAUCCUGUUUUUUGUUUGUUUGUUCGUUUUUUUGCUUGUUUGUUUCUUUCUUUCUUACUUUCUUUCUUCCCCCCCCCCCGUAAAUAUCUUGUCUGUAUUUCAAAAUCCUGUUUUUUGUUUUUUUAUUUUUUUGUUUUUUCUUUCAACCGCUACUAUCGUGCCUGUAUUUCAAAAUCCUGUUAUUUUUAUCUUUCUUCCUUCCUCUCUUUCUUUUUUCUUUCUUUCUUUUUUCUUUCUUUCGUUCGUUAGUAUCUUGCCUGUAUUUCAAAAUCCUGUUAUUUGUUUGUUUGUAUCUUCCUUCCUUCCUUCCUUCCUUCCUUCCUUCCUUCCUUUGAUUCUUUCUUUCUUUCUUUCAUUUGUUCUUUACUAUACUUCAAAAUCCUGUUUUUAUUUGAUUGAUUCUUUCUUUCUUUCUUUCUUUCUUUCUUUCUUAUCUUCAAAAUCCCGUUGUUUGUUUGUUUUGUUUCGUUCUUUCUUUCUUUCUUUGUCCAUUACAUUAUUUGUCUUUCUUUCAUUAUAUUUUCCGUCUUCUCUUCCUUUCUUUUUUCUAUCUUUUUCUUCUUUUUUUCUUCCAUCCUUUCUUUCUUUUAUACCACAAGUGAUAUUCUGUUCUGAUCUUUAUUUUAUAUCUAUUCUUUCAUCCACUGCCUAUUCUUUCUUUCUUUCUUUUUACUUUCUUUUUUCCUCCCUUUCUUCGCUUUCUUUCUUUUUUUCUUCACAUUCUUCUCUCUCUUUCUUUCUUUUUUUCUUCACGUUAUUCUCUUUCUUUCUUUCUUUCUUUCUUUCGUUUUUUAAUUCAAAACUCUUGUCAUUUCCCCUUUGUUUCCAUGUUGUCACAUUCUUUGGAUCUGAUAUUUCUUUCCUUCUUUCAUUUUUCUUUCGUUUAAAACUUCUUUCUUUUUUUAAAAAUUUAUACCCAUUCUUUUGGCAUAUUUUCUUUCUUUCUUUCUUUCUUUCUUUCUUUUUUCUUUCUUUCUUUCUUAAGUUCACACAUCGCGUUCUUUCUUCAGUUAGAAUUCUUUUGGCAUAUUUUCUUUCUUUCUUUCUUCCGUUCGUUCGAUUACCGCUUCUCAUUUGCUUUGUAUUUAUUUAUUUAUUUAUUUAUUUUCUUUCUUUCUUUCUUUUUCUUUCUUUCUUUCAUUUUUUUUUUCUUUCUUUCUUCCUUUCUUUCUUUCUUUCUUUCUUACGUUUUUUUUAUUUGAAAAAACUCUUUUCUUUCGUACUUUCUUUCUUUUCGUUCAUUCUUAGCUCUUUCAUAUUUCAUAUUUUUCUCAAUUUAUUUUUUUCCCACCUUCAACAGCAGUUUAUUUCUGGCCUAUUUGUGUUUCUUUCUUUCUUCUCUUUCUUUCUUCUUUUUUUCUUUCUUCUCAUUCUUUUUCUUUCUUUUUUAUACUCUUUUGUUUUAUUUCCUCACUUUCUUUCUUUCUUUCUUUCUUUCUUUCUUUCUUCACAUUCUUCUCUUUCUUUCUUCCUUUCUUUCUUUUUUCACAUUCUUUUCUUUCUUUCUUUCUUUCUUUCUUUCUUUCUUUCUUUCUUUCUUUCUUUCUUUCUUCACAUUCUUCUCUUUCUUUCUUCCUUUCUUUCUUUCUUUCUUCACAUUCUUUUCUUUCUUUCUUUCUUUCUUUCUUCACAUUCUUCUCUUUCUUUCUUUCUUCACAUUCUUUUCUUUCUUUCUUUCUUUCUUUCUUCACAUUCUUCUCUUUCUUUCUUCCUUUCUUUCUUUCUUCACAUUCUUCUCUUUCUUUCUUUCUUUCUUUCUUUCUUUCUUUACUUUCUUUUCUUUCUUUCUUUCUUUCUUUCUUUCUUUCUUCACAUUCUUUUCUUUCUUUCUUUCUUUAUUUCUUUCUUCACAUUCUUUUCUUUCUUUCUUUCUUUCUUCCUUUCUUUCUUUCUUCACAUUCUUUUCUUUCUUUCUUUCUUUCUUUCUUCCUUUCUUUCUUUCUUUCUUCACAUUCUUUUCUUUCUUUCUUUCUUUCUUCACAUUCUUCUCUUUCUUUCUUCCUUUCUUUCUUUCUUUCUUCACAUUCUUUUCUUUCUUUCUUUCUUUCUUUCUUUCUUUCUUUCUUUCUUUCUUUCUUCACAUU